AUGGACAUGAUAGAGCAGCCAGUCUCCAACCUGUUCCCUGUUUGUGAGAGUUUUCAAUCAGUCGACAUAAUGGACGUCACAGCAUGUGCAAGUGAUAAGUUCCCACCCACAGAUACUCCCCCAGACUCUACCUUUCCAGAUGAAGGCUCAGCAUGCGGUGAAGAACUACCCACUGAGAACUCUACUUUCUACUCUCCCUUCACUCCAGAGUCGAUAUCUCAAGUCUGCGUUUCAACAGCAAUGAGUUCCGAGAGUCAACACGAAUGGAUGGCUAAGCGUCGCCUUGUUGCAGAAUCUCCCCAUGGGUACAUCUUGACACUCCCGUCCAAGGGUAUUCGUGGGACAUUCAUUGACGCAUUGAACAUUUGGUUCGAGGCAUCCGAGGACAAGACUGCUGCCAUCAAAGAAGUGAUCGACAUGCUCCACAAUUCCUCUCUCAUGAUCGAUGACUUCCAGGACAACUCACCUCUUCGUCGAGGCAAGCCUUCCGCACACAGCGUGUUUGGCCCAGCACAGGCAAUCAAUUCAGCAACGUACAUCAUUGUUAAGGCCAUCGAUAGAGUGCAGCAGAUUGCAAGUCUAGAAACCCUGAAACGGGUGACUGCGACUCUUUUAACAAUCUUUGAAGGCCAGGCUAUGGACCUGUCAUGGACAUUCAACAAUACCCCUCCAUCAAUUCAGAGCUACCUCCUCAUGAUUAACGAUAAGACCGGCGCCUUGUUUAGACUUGCAUGUGAACUUCUUGUAUCGAACUCACAGAUACAUCUUGAUAACAAUUUUCCCGAGUCUAUCAAUCGUAUGGUCUCGUUAAUCGGCCAGUACUUCCAAAUCCGAGAUGAUUAUCAAAAUCUCACUGACCUAGAUUACGCUGAUAAGAAAGGCUUCUGCGAGGACCUAGACGAGGGGAAAUACUCAUUGCCACUGAUACAUGCUCUGCAGAGUGACUCUAGUGGCAUUCUGACCAACAUGUUGUCCAUAAGGCGAACACAAGGGUGUCUGACGACGGAGCAAAAGGCCCUAAUGUUGAACCGGAUGGAAGCCUGUGGGAGUCUUGACUGGACCAGGUUGCUCCUGAACGAUUUGCAUCAACAGAUGAUAGCCGAGAUUGAGAAGCUAGAGGAGGCUACAGACAGGAAUAAUCCUGCUUUAAGGGCACUAGUCGAGCGGCUUCGACUACCGGUAGAUGUUUAG